AUGGGUGCAGUCAAGUCCGCGAUCGGGGAUGUCGUGCUGACAUUCUCAUGGAUGUUCGUAUCGUCGAUGUUCGGUUUGUUCACGAGCCAGAUAGCCCUCGCGCUAGGCGUUGAGAAGAUAUUUUGGGCCUCAAUUUUCAUCACCACCCUCCUGAUUUGUUUCUUCGUCUUCGUGUUUGCUUUCAUCGCCGAAUUCUUGGGUGGUGCCAGUUUCAAUCCCACUGGUAACGUCUCUUUCUACGCCGCUGGUGUAGGUGGCGACUCUCUUUUCUCCCUCGCUCUCAGAUUCCCUGCUCAGGCAGCAGGUGCUGUGGCAGGUGUGUUAGCAGUAAUGGAGGUGAUGCCAUAUCAAUACAAACACAUGCUAGGAGGGCCAAGCUUGAAAGUCGAUGUGCACACUGGCGCCAUUGCCGAGGGUGUCUUGACCUUUCUAAUUAGCUUUGCUGUUCUUGUGAUAAUCAUCAAGGGUCCUCGAAACAUGCUAGCGCAAGCGUGGUUGCUUGCUGUUACGACUGUCUCAAUGGUUGUUGCUGGGUCUGGUUACACUGGCCCCUCCAUGAAUCCUGCCAAUGCAUUCGGAUGGGCAUAUGUGAACAAGUGGCACAACACAUGGGAACACUUCUAUGUAUACUGGAUCAGUCCCUUUGUGGGAGCAAUAUUGGCUGCUUGGAUGUUCCGACUGGUCUUCCCUCCACCGGCAGCUCCCAAGAAGAAGACGGCCUGA